AUGGCUCCGUCGCUGCAUCAUCACCCUUCGUUCAUUCGCCCUCGAACGAGCGACCGCCCUUCGACUCGCGAUCAGAACGAGAAUGCAAUGAUGGUGCCCAGCCGGACUUCGUCUUUGCAUUCGCGCAUCACUCAGCCGAUUCCCGCCACUUUGGCCGCCAAGCCUACCCAGCGGACCCCAAAGACCUUGACUCAUGCUUACAUGGUCUGUGGUGUUGGCCGCGAGCCUUCACAAUGGGUCAAGGCUCCGCCACCUACUCAAGGAAAGAUUCAGCAUAUGAAGGGCGCUGUCGGCCAGUUUUGGCUGCCAGAGAUUCUGGGAAGCAGUCCCCGCUUGGAGCAAGACAAUGAGAUUGCUCGAUCAUUGCAUUCCGCCAUGAGGGCUUGCUUUCCUCAUGAUGUUGAAAUCUGCACAGGCCGGAGCCAGCCGCAUUGCGUGCAUCAUGCUUUUGUCCUACAGCAGGACUCUUCUCAUACGCUCUAUGGAAUUGCGCUGCGCGUAUGGUCCAGAGCCGAUGAGAAACGAGCAGAGACAAUUCGAGAUCUCCGCAAGCGGACGGAGCCCGACUUUUACGAUAACCCAGACGAGACCUAUUGGAUCCCUUACUGCCUGAGCUUCUUGUCACGCUACCCUCUCUAUAACUUGCUCGGCGACUACCUCAGAGGAAUGUGGAUCCAUUGGAAUAAGGCGACCAAUCUCUUUCACGCCGAAGAAGUCUCCCGUAUCCUCAGUUUCCCAGCACCGCGACUCAAUGAUUUGGUUCGCAUCGAUAUGAAAGACUAUGCCUUGUGCUACCAAUUCCCAUCGUCGCCCACGGGUUUCCAGAACUUCUCCAUGUGGCCCCUUUUCACUUGUCUCUCACUUCCAAAUAUUGUGGGUGUGAUUGAAGCCGCAUUGUCCCCCACGCGACGCAUCAUCCUCGUGAGUCAUUAUCCAGCAAUGCUCACCGUUGCUGCCGAGACCAUUCGAUUCUGCGUGCGAGUAUACGAAUGGAGCGGUCUCUAUGUACCCGUUGUGCAUGCAAGGCAUGCCACGGAGCUGGUACAGGAGCCCGGUCCGUAUAUCCUUGGUAUCACUGCCGAAUGCCGAACAUUGUUCUCUGCGCCGAGCGAUGCUUUGGUAGUUGAUCUUGACCGUAACUUUGUGUUGACAAAUAGCCCACCCACGGCGCUCACCCCCGGCCAGCGAACCAAGAUGAUUGAUCGUCUGACACAGGCGCUUAGAGGCGAUGUUACUCCAGGCGUACCUCAGCACCUGCGGUCGGCUUAUGGCGGAGGAAAGCUUGUCCCGGCGGGUCAAAUCGUGGUCAUGAGGGGCGAAGUGGAGAGUGUUCAAGACCCGUCCUGGUGGGACCAGGAUUCCGUCAUGGCUGUCAUGGAUCACGUGUGCGAAAAGAUGGGCCGAAACACUGGCAUGAAAGCCUUGUUUGGUGGAUCGGUGAAGAAACCCUUGACAACAAAGGUUUCCAUGCGACACCUCAACGAAAUCGUUCGUGAGCGCAACCAAUACUCGCGCGAUGCGGUCGAAGCUUGGCAGGAUUUCAUCAAUCUGAAGGGACGCAUGGACACGGAAUUGUCCAAAGUUAGCAAGCGAAACAAUUUCUUGGUUGAAGAACUUGAGAGCUGGAAGCAACAGUUCCUCAAAUUUCAGACUUUCGCAGAGCAGCUUACCAAGGAGACCCAAGAUCUCAAGGUCAAGAUUGACGGCCACAAGCGUGAGAACCGUCGCAUCACGCUGCUUGUUGAGCAGCAAAAGGAUGAGAUGUCUCGUCUCACUGUCCGUCUCUCUGGUACCGAGAAGCAACGUGAUGAUGCCCUUGAGGCGCUUGUUCUGCAGCAGGAGAUUGCUGAGGAGCUUGAAAGGGAGCGAAAGCGCAACAGGAAAGAGCUAGUCGCUCUGCAGCAAACCAACACUGCGAUUUUGCGUCAGCGUGAAGAAGCUCAGCGGGUUGUCCUACAUUUGCGUAGUUUAAUCGACGGCCAGACCUAUCACAUGGAGCACAUUGUCCGUUCCCUGAACGAUGACCAAGAGCUGAACGACUACGCCGAUGAUGGCUUUGAAGAUGCACCAGAGGAGCUUGGAUCUCCUCAGAAAGAAUCGGAUCAUGUUACAAACAAGCGUGGGAAGCAGAGAGCUGACUCCAAUCCUCCAACGCGGAGCAACAGCCAUGCAAGCACUGCCAGCGGUCGAACGAUCGACGGCGAAAAUGUUUCUCUUGCAAUGGAGGAUCAGCUGCUGAAUGGGCCCAAGUCCAAGCGCCUUUCGCAGAUUAGCAUGGCAGACGUUGCAGAUCGUCAUCUACGGGACAAGACGGAUGCCAUUGCGUACAUUAUUCGCAAUAUUUCUGCGCAAUGUGCCGCUGCCGUUGAAGGCUUGCAAAUGGCUCGCGAUGCUGAUAUGGAGGAGAUAGCCGCUAUCAAGUCGAAGUCUCGACGCGUUAGCAAUGAUGCUACCGAGCUCUCCGUGCCGGGCAGCGAGAUUGGCGAAUCCGAAGAGCGCGACCAAGAGGGAUCUAGCUUUUUGAACGUCGACGACCGCCACUCGAGCAUUCCCCCAACGCCUGAACUUGUGCAUCAUCGCUCGAGUACAGCUUUGUCCAUGGCCAGCACUAACGUGUCCACUAUCCAAGAUCGAAGCAGCCUCCAGUAUAGGAAUGAGGAUGUUCCAACCAAGAUUGUCGAGGACGACGAAGAGCAUGAGCACGAGCAGGAUCAGCACUCUGAUGUCGGCGCCAGUAGUCACUCUACUCUCGGCAUGCUGGCUAAGCCUUCGAAAGAGACUUUGAUUCGUCGCCCAGCUGGUGCCCGCAUUUCGGCACUUGGUUAUGUUUGA